AUGGCAGCAAUACAUGCUGAUUGCAUUGAACUUAUUGAGUCAAACCGAGACUAUGUUACUGAUAUGGAAAAUUGUGAAUUUACAUAUGAAUGGACAAUUAAAGACUACAGGGAAUUCCGGGAUGAAACAAUUAUUGAAUCACCAAGUUUUUCAUCUCAUUAUGCUGAUUUUAACGAUAAAUGGAUUUUAAGAAUUUGUUCAUGUGGAAUUUAUGAUGAUCGGGGUGCACGUUUUUUUUCGGUAGAGCUACAACUUCAAUCUUUCAAUAAUACUUCACCAUUAAAAACAAAAUGUAAAAUAUCAAUCCCUAAUAGAGAUGAAAUAACUGUGGAACAUAAUUUCUGUAGAUUUGCAGAAAAAAUUACAUGGAAAGGAUAUAUUUCAGAAUUCGACUUCUUUAUGAAAAAAAUGAAUUCUAUACGAGAACGGCCUAUUUAUUAUCUUAAAAUUCGUUGUACAAUAACAAUGCCUCGAAAACUAACAAAUACUUCUGGUGGAAUUUCAUCAUUUGAUGCAAAACUACAACUGUGUGUCGACUUGGAAAAACUUUUGUCAAAUGAAAAAUCAGCUGAUGUUACAAUUCAAGUGGGUCAAAAAUCAUUUCGUGCAAUCAAAGGAAUUCUUGGAGUACGUAGUCCAGUUUUUGCUGCAAUGUUUGAUCAUGAACAAUUCAAAGAAAAUGAAAAUAAUGAGGUUGUCAUUGAAGAUAUUGAAGGAGAUGUUUUUGGAGAAUUUUUACAUUAUAUUUAUACUGAUGAAUCACCAAAUGUUAAAAAAAUGCCAAUGGAACUACUUGCUGUUGCUGAUAAAUAUCAGGUGGAUCGUCUUAAAAUUAUUUGUGAAAAUAUAAUAUGCAAAAUGAUAAAUGUUGAUAAUGUUGCAAAUAUACUUUGUUGUAUAUUACUACUAUCAUAG